AUGAAUACGAUGACACUAUUUUCGCAGCUGCUUUUAUUCGCUGCUGUGCUAGCAAAAGUUUCAGGUUUUUGGUGGUUACUUCCUGAAUAUAAAACUGUAACAACAACGAGUGGUAAAGUUAGAGCUAUGAAAUUUGGCAGUGAAGAUUACUACUCUUUCAAAGGAAUUCCAUAUGCUGAACCACCAGUCGGUAAUUUACGAUUUAGAAAUCCGGUACCAGUUCAAUCAUGGUCUGGUGUAAGAAAUGCGUACAGUCACGGAAGUAGCUGUCCAAACGAGCUUGUGUUGGGCAUAAAUGGAGAUGAAGACUGCUUAUUCUUGAACGUAUACACUCCAGACGUGAGUGGGACUUUACCGGUGAUGAUAUGGAUUCAUGGCGGCAGUUUUGUUUACGGAAGUGGAGACACAAUUGAUUACGGUCCUAAAUAUUUAAUGGAAGAAGGUGUUAUCGUCGUCACAAUCAAUUAUCGAUUGGGAGCGUUAGGAUUUUUAAACACUGGAGAUAAAUAUGCGCAAGGUAAUUAUGGAUUGAAAGACAUGACCCUGGCAAUAAAAUGGGUGAAGGACAACAUUGGUGCAUUUGGUGGUGAUCCCCAAAAAAUUACAUUAUUCGGACAAAGCGUUGGAUCUGCUGCUGUAAAUUUGUUGCUUUUAUCUGAAAUGUCAAAAGGACUUUUCCAACGAGCAAUAAUGCAAAGUGGCACAGCUUUAACUCCAUUUGCAUUCCGUGAAAAUGGAGUUGAAAAAGCGGAACAACUUGGACAUAAUUUAGAUCUUACAUUUGACUCGACACAAAGUUUAAUCGAUCAAUUGCGCCAACUUCCAUAUCAAGCGAUUCUUCUUGCAUCAGAAAGUGUUUUUGGGGUAGAUGAGCCUCGCAUGUUGCGUCCAUUUAAUUUUGUUCCAUGUGUUGAACCUGACGAUUCAUUGGAGGAAAGAUUUCUGGAAGAUAAUCCAACCAAUCUUUUAGAAGCAACUGGUAAUACAAAACCAAUUUUGAUAGGAACAACCAACAGCGAAGCAUUGUACAUGAUAAGAGAAGAUCUACUAGAUUUCUCUGUGUUUGAUGAUUACAAUAAUAACCCAAAUUAUUUCGUUCCCUCAUCAUUCGGUUUAACUGAAGGAUCAUCAGACAGUACUGACGUUAUAAAUUACAUAAAAAGUUUUUACUUCAAUAACCAACCAUUGUCAUACAGUACAAGAGAACAGUACGCACAAUUCCAUACUGACGCUCAGUACAUAUUCCCGACAGAACGAGUGCUGAAACAUUUUCAAUUUUCUAAUGAGCCCAUUUAUCGUUAUGAAUUCACUUUCUCUGGAAAGUUCAAUCAUAUUAAAAAUUUCUUGUUCUUGUCUUCAUAUGAUGGUGCAUGUCAUUCUGAUGACCUUUACUAUCUUUUUGAUACGAUUAUUCCUUAUUGGCCCUGGCCAUCCUCCGAAGUAGAAGAGGCAAGAACAGUUCGAGAUCGUGUUGUAAGGCUUUGGACUAAUUUCGCGAAAUACGGAAAUCCAACUCCAAAUACUGAUAAUCUUGUGAAUCAAAAUUGGCCACCUUUUGAUCAGACGACUCGAACUUAUUUAGAAAUUGGAAAAGAAUUGACGGUUAAGAAUGAACCAAAUAGAUUGGAGGAAUUGCAUAACUUCCAGUUGUUAUUUGCAUUGGUUUUUUAA